AUGCUUUCUCUGAUCGGAUCUUCGCUCCUCCACCCCUCCAAGCGCGCUCAGCUCUUGGAGAGGGCCAACACUAAGCUCGGCGGCAACAAGCUGGCUUCGGUCGACGCUGUCUACAUCCACUUCGUCAACUCUGCCUCCGAACAGGCCGACGCUGUUCUUGCCGAUACCAGCAGCCCGCAGCGCAAUGUCCUCGACAGCCUGCUCGUCUACGGUGACAAUGUCGACUUUGCACAGACUCUUCCCGCAGUGCAGGCCGUCCUCGCCGGUGGUGACGCAACCUCAGCGAAACAGAGCGUCCUCUUCGUCCUUCCCCGUCCAGGAAGCAUCUCGCCCUGGUCCAGCAAGGCCACCGACAUUGCUCGAAUGUGCACUCUCAAGGACCACGUCGACCGCAUCGAGCGCGGUGUCGCCUACGUCCUCGAGCCCGCUGCCUCAUCCACCCUCGAGGCUGCCGACAUCACUGCCGUCCAGGAUCUCUUGCACGACCGCAUGACUCAGUUCAUCUCGGCUGUUCCUCCCACGGCCGAUGCUCUCUUCCACAAGGCCCAGCCUGCUCCUCUCAACCACGUCGACCUCCUCGGCUCUGACGGCACCUCGGACCGCCAGGUCGCCAAGCAGCGUCUCGUCGAUGCCAACGAGAAGCUCGGUCUGGCUCUCGCCAACGACGAGAUCGACUACCUCGUCGACGCCUUCAUCGCCGGCAAGGGCGACGGCUCGGACGCUCUCCGCCGCAACCCUACCGAUGUCGAGCUUUUCAUGUUUGCGCAGGUCAACUCUGAGCACUGCCGUCACAAGAUCUUCAACGCCGACUGGACCAUCGACGGUAAGAACAUGCCCAACACCCUCUUUGGCAUGAUCCGCAACACGCACAAGCUUCACCCUCAGCACACCAUCAGCGCCUACUCCGACAAUGCUGCCGUCAUCGAAGGCUACGAAGCCACUCGUUUCGCGCCCUCUCCUGCUGGCGGUCUCACCGUCUACCAGGGCGUCAAGGAGCCUAUGCCGUUCCUCGCUAAGGUCGAGACCCACAACCACCCCACCGCCGUCUCGCCAUACCCUGGUGCCGCUACCGGCUCCGGUGGUGAGAUUCGUGACGAAGGUGCUGUCGGUCGUGGUUCCAAGCCCAAGGCAGGUCUCGUCGGCUUCAUGACCAGCAACCUUCUCCUCGAAGGCGAUGGUCGUCAGCCUUGGGAGGAGGACUUUGGCAAGCCAUCGCACAUCUCGAGCGCCUACGACAUCAUGAUCGACGGUCCUCUCGGCAGCUCCGCCUUCAACAACGAGUUCGGUCGUCCGGGCCUCAGCGGUUUCUGGCGAACCUGGUCCGAGCGUGUUCCUACCGAGAACGGCUCAAGCGAGGUGCGUGGCUACCACAAGCCCAUCAUGCUGGCGGGUGGUCUCGGUAACGUUCGUCCCAAGAACGCGCUCAAGUCGCGCAUCACGCCCGAGGCUGCCAUCAUCGUGCUCGGUGGACCCGGCAUGCUCAUCGGUCUCGGCGGUGGUGCAGCCUCAUCCAUGGCCAGCGGAAGCUCUUCGCGUGCCGCACUCGACUUUGCGUCAGUCCAGCGAGACAACCCGGAGAUGCAGAGACGAUGCCAGCAGGUCAUCGACGCCUGCACUGCGCUCAGCGAUGCUCCUGGUGUCAUCGAGGGCCGCAUCGGCGAGGGCAACCCGAUUCAGUCUAUUCACGAUGUCGGUGCCGGCGGUAUCAGCAACGCGCUUCCCGAGCUGGUCCACGAUGCUGGUCUCGGUGCUCGCUUCGAGAUCCGCGACGUGCUCGUCGACGACCCGUCCAUGAGCCCCAUGGAGAUCUGGUGCAACGAGUCGCAGGAGCGAUACGUCCUCGCCGUUGGUCAAGAGGACCUUCCUCGCUUCGAGGCCAUUGCCAAGCGAGAACGCUGCCCAUACUCGGUCGUCGGUAUCGCCACCGUUGAGCAGAAGCUCGUCGUCACCGACCGCCUCCUCGGCGGUACACCCAUCGACCUGCCCAUGCCCAUCCUCUUCGGCAAGCCACCCAAGAUCGCGCGUCAGUCGCAGAGCAAGCAGCCCCAACGCAUUCCCUUCGACUCAAGUCUCACCUCGUAUCUCCCCCAAAUCAAGGACGACCCGGUCAAGAUGUUCGCCGAGGCUGUCGACCGUGUGCUUCACCUGCCCACCGUCGCUUCCAAGAACUUCUUGAUCACCAUCGGCGAUCGAAGUAUCACCGGUCUUGUGGUUCGCGAUCAGAUGGUCGGUCCCUACCAGGUGCCCGUCGCCGACGUCGCCGCGACGCGCACCUCGUACGGCUUCGAGGAGAGCAUCACAGGUGAAGCUGUUGCUUCGGGUGAGCGCACACCGCUCGCUCUUCUCAGCGCAGCCGCUUCAGCCCGCAUGGCCGUCGCCGAGUCGCUCACCAACAUUGCUGCGUCCAGCAUCGAGAGCCUCGAGCGCAUCAAACUUUCCGCCAACUGGAUGUGCGCGGCAAGCCACUCGGACGAGGGCGCGCGUCUCUACGAAGCCGUUCAGGCGAUCGGUCUCGACCUGUGUCCCAAGCUCGGCCUCGCCAUUCCCGUCGGCAAGGACUCGAUGUCGAUGAAGAUGGCCUGGGAGUCGCCCGAGGGUGACAAGCGUGAAGUCACCGCCCCCCUCUCGCUCACCGUGACGGCUUUUGGUCCUGUCGACGACAUCACGCGCACCUGGACACCCGAGCUUCGCACCGACAUCGACGACACGGUGCUGCUCUUCGUCGACCUUGCUGGUGGCAAGCAGCGUCUGGGCGGUUCGUGUCUCGCCCAAGUCUUCCGUCAACUCGGCCACGAGGCGCCCGAUGUCGAAGACGCUGCUGUGCUCAAGGCUUUCUUCGAGGCGUGCUACACGCUCAAGCAGCUUCGCGUGCAGAAGCGCGACGAGGGCAGCCUCGUCCUCGCCUACCACGACCGUUCCGACGGUGGACUCAUCACUUCCAUCCUCGAGAUGUGCUUCGCCGGUCACUGCGGUGCCGAGAUCUUUGUCGAUGCGCUCGAUGCCGAGCUGCGCGACCCGGUGGCGGCGCUGUUCAACGAGGAGCUCGGCGCUGUCCUGCAGGUCAAGUCGAGCGAUGUCAAGGCGGUCUCUGCUGUGCUCACUGCUGCUGGUGUGCCAUCGAACCACCUGCAUGUGGUGGGUCGCGUCACGCCCGACUCGCAGGAGAUCAAGGUCAUUGCGCGAUCCCAGUCGUUGCUCUCUUCGACACGGGCUACGUUGCAAAAGGCGUGGGCGGAGACGUCGUUCCGCAUGCAAAGUCUGCGUGACAACCCCGAAACCGCCGCUACCGAAUACAGCCUCAUCACGGACGAACCCACCUCGGCGGCGGCUUUGCGCUACGACCUGACGUACAAUCCGCGCGAGGACGUGCUCGGUGCUUCUGUGGUGGAAGCCGCGCUGGACGUGCGACCCAAGGUGGCCAUCCUUCGCGAGCAGGGUGUCAACGGCCAGAUCGAGAUGGCGUGGGCGUUUACGCGAGCCGGGUUCUGCGCUGUCGACGUCCACAUGUCGGACCUGGUCGAGGGCCGGGUGACGCUGGACCAAUUUGUCGGUCUCGCCGCGUGCGGUGGUUUCUCCUUCGGUGACGUGCUCGGUGCCGGUAGUGGUUGGGCCAAGUCGAUCCUGCUCAACCCGGACGUCAAAGCGCAGUUCGAGAACUUCUUCCAGAAACGCACCGACACGUUUGCGCUCGGUGUGUGCAACGGUUGUCAGCUCCUCUCGCAGCUCGGCAUGGCAGGGCUCAUUCCAGAGGCGGAGAACUGGCCGUUGUUCAAGCCCAACGAGUCGGGUCGAUUCGAAGGACGAUUGUCGAACGUCGAGAUCACCAAGGAGGGUGGAGCGCAGUCGAUCUUUUUCGCGGAUAUGGCCGGGUCAGUGCUGCCGGCGAUCAUUGCGCAUGGCGAAGGACGGGCUAGCUUCCGCAACGAAGGCGAUCUCGAGGCUUGCAAGGCCAAGAAGCAGAUCGCGAUGCAGUAUGUUGAUCAGAGGUACCCGCUCAACCCGAACGGUUCGCCGGAGGGUGUUACUGCGAUCACGGCGAAUGGAGGCAGAGUGCUGGCGCUGAUGCCGCACCCAGAGAGAGGCGUGGCGUUGACGAGCAUGAGCUGGGCGCCCAAAGAGGCGUACGGCAACAAGGGCUGGCAGGGCAAAGGCCCCUGGUUCAGGAUGUUUGAGAAUGCCAGGCGGUGGGUUGGCAAGCAGUAA